AUGGACGACUCAAGCGGUGCUCCCGACGGAGAAUCAUCGUCAGACCCGAGCACUCGCGUCAGGCUCCCUGAGGUGGUCACAAUCGCCAGCAAUGGAGAUAUUAUUCUGGACGUGACCUUUGAAAACUCGAAGGAUACGGUCGUAGCUGCGCGGAGAGCGCUGCCGAAGCUGGCUAGCCAGGAACCGCAGCCAGUGCCGAAAGCGAGGGUCCGCCUUGCGUUCCGUGUCGAUCUCGGUGUGCUGAAGGGCCAGUCCAAGUACUUUGAGAAGCUACUGGGCGAUGCGCGCUUCAGGGAGACGAAGGACAUCCUGAGCGCUUUUGCUGCGCUGUCUGUGCGGAAUAUCAAGCCGAGCACGGCCGAUGCUCAGGAGCUGCCGUGGGUCAAGAUCCACGAUGAUGACGAGGCUACUCACUAUGCGAAUCGGGAUGGCGCCUUUGCUGACCUCCUGCGCAUCCUGCAUGGUCAGGAGGUGGCUACGAAGGUCGUUAGUAUGCCCUUCGUAAGCACGCUGGCCGUCCUUGCAGACCGAUUCGACUGCACGGGUGCCAUCUCCAAGUACAUCUCAACAGGGCUGAAAUUCAAGUGGCCCGUGACCAGCCGCAAACCCGUCAGGGACGAGGUGUCGAGCAUGAGUCGCAACAACGAGAACAUCCUGCGCCAGAAGAUCCUCGUAUCCUGGCUGCUGAACCAGCCGGGCAAAUUCCAAGCUGCCACCCGCGAGCUCAUCAUGAACGGUUCUUGUCGCUGGAGGUCUUUCAACGAGGAAGAGGAUGAGUCUUCAGACGCUACGUGGUGGUAUCUACAAGACGGCCUCGAGCAAGAACUGCAGUACCGCCGCCACGGCGUCCUGAACACGAUCGCGUCGGUCCAGCGGCACUUCAUGAGCCUCUACGCAUCGCGGACGCAGCAAUGCAAGCUCGGCUACGACUCGAGCGCGGCGUGCGAUUCAUAUCAACUAGGUGAGAUGUUCAAAUUCCUCACGAAGAAGAACCUCAUGUUCCUGGUCGACUUCUCGCCGGGAUCGUACGACACGAUCACGGACACCGCGCUGCUGCAGGUCGACGCCGUCCUCUCGACGCUGCGGCAGUGCCCGAGCUACCAGAUCGACAAGAACCACACGAACUGCGGGCUGCGCACCAAGAUGCUGCCCGUUCUGGACUUCAUCCAGGGCCUGCUGUCGGCGAACUCGGUGCCGAUCUCGCGCGGGGCGUGGAAGGGCAACCGCCGGGCUACGGCUUGGAUGCCUUCCGAUGGGGAGGAUGCUAAGACGCAAGACGAGGGCGAGCCGUUCCGCUACACGCGGUCGCUUGCCGGUGACCAGCGGCUGAGGUUUGAGAAUGCCAUGGGCGCGGACAAGUUUGCGAAGGACGUGUUCACGGCGCCGAGUUGGGAUUGGACGGCGGACGAUCAGGGGCAGGAGGGCUUGCGCUUCUCGUCUACGCCGAAGUGGUCCUGGAGAUGA